CAAAAGCAACAGCGGAUAAAUGGGGAACAGCUUUUACCGCGGUCCCUACAAGGAAAAUCGUUCAUAGUGCUGCAGAGAAAUAAAGUUAGUUUUAGAAAAGAAAACGCACCCUUGGAAAGCGUGAUCCCAGAUGGUUUGUGGUAUUGUGUUUCCAUUGAAGUUAAGUGCUUUCACGUGACAGAAAUCUAAUAGCGCGCGUGCUGAAAGGACAGCUCCCUCGCGCUGAUCAGGCUGGAUGGUGGGGCACACACCAAUACACCGAAUUCCUCUAAAAUAAUGCGGAAGCCAAGCUGUUUGGUCUUACUAAAAUAUAAAUGGCGGUAAGAUAAGACAAAGUGAGUAUUUUUAGGAGAACCGUUUCUGUUGUUGCCUGACCUGUUGAGAAUAAGAGCGCGUGCAAAGUAUAAAUACACGCGAGCAUUUUGUACUCUGGAAUUAUCAACAGUUGUAUUAUGGAUGCAGCAGGCACUGAAUAAAGUACUAUUAAUAGUUGAUUAAAAAGCUCAUCUGCGACCUUGAGUGAUACAGCAUGGACUGAAAAGACGUUCCCCCCGUUUCACUGAGCUUUUGAAGCAACAACGCAUGCCGAUGAGUGAGGGAGAGAAUAAAGGGUGUGCCCUUGACGCUAUUUCGGGGAAAAAGAAGCACAUUUGAGGAACGGAAUGAAUGAGAUUAGUCUGAUAUUCAGAGGCUUGUGCUGGCGAAAUCCCAAGGGUAUAAAGCCGAAGGUGACAGAUCAACAGUGAAAGGAGCUGUCAUUCCGUUUGACUUCUCCUGUCCGGAUGGUCAGCGCUGAGGUAAAGGAAGGUGCUCAAAGAAAACAUGCGCUGCACGCUCGCAAGGAGCCGGAGGUUUAGACGACUCGCUUAGACGGGAUUGCGUGUUCCUUGUCUUUAAUCACCGACAAAGAUGCUUUAGCUUAACACGUUCGCAAAGCGCCAAGAGAGAGAGAUUUCCCUAUUGAAAGUAUCUCUCCUCGAACGAUUUUGGGAGGUAUUGUGGAUUUGUGAUCUCGCUCGGUGUGGUCACUGUACUUGACGUUACUUUUUUAAAUGCACGAUUACUUACUCUCUUUUAGCGAGUCAUGUCUUACCCAGAGCGAUGGGCAAGAUCGAUGACAAUGAGAGGAUAAUCCUCAACGUUGGGGGGACCAGGCACGAAACGUACAGGAACACGUUGAAGACCUUGCCCGGCACGCGUCUGGCUCUCCUAGCCUCCGAGGCGGACCCGGGGUCCGUGCUGGACCAGCUGCAACAAGUCCCCGGCUUCAUCGAGUUCAACCCCAAGAACAACGAAUACUUCUUCGACCGACACCCGGGCGUUUUCGCCUACGUGCUCAACUACUACCGGACCGGCAAACUUCACUGCCCGGCAGAUGUCUGCGGUCCGCUCUUCGAGGAAGAGUUGUCCUUCUGGGGCAUCGACGAGACCGACGUGGAGCCGUGCUGCUGGAUGACCUACCGGCAGCACCGGGACGCAGAAGAGGCGCUCGACGUGUUUGACAUAAACGUGGACAAUGGAGACGGAGAGGACGAAGAGGUUAAUAAAAGGUUGGGCAUUGAGGACGUGGUGUCCGCCGACGGCAGUGUCAGCCUGUGGAAAAAGUGGCAACCGGUGAUUUGGAAUCUAUUUGAGGAUCCCUAUUCUUCCAGAGCCGCAAGGUUUGUGGCCUUUGCCUCAUUGUUCUUCAUCCUGGUAUCCAUCACCACCUUUUGCCUUGAGACUCACGAGGCGUUCCACACCAUCAUCAACAAGACAGAGCCACUGCGGAACGACAGCCUGCCGGACCUGGGCCCACAGUAUGAGAUUGAGACGGACCCAGCCCUGACGUAUGUGGAGGGAGUCUGUGUCUUCUGGUUCACCAUUGAAUUCCUGGUGCGGGUCACCUUCAGCCCAGACAAGCUGGAGUUCGUCAAGAGCGUCCUCAACAUCAUUGACUUCGUGGCUAUCCUUCCGUUUUAUCUCGAGGUGAGCCUGAGCGGCCUCUCCUCUAAAGCCGCCAAGGACGUGCUGGGCUUCCUCCGCGUGGUCCGCUUUGUCCGGAUCCUUCGGAUCUUCAAGCUGACCCGCCACUUCAUGGGGCUGCGGGUGCUGGGCCACACCCUGCGGGCCAGCACCAACGAGUUCCUGCUGCUCAUCAUCUUCCUGGCGCUGGGCGUGCUCAUCUUUGCCACCAUGAUCUACUACGCCGAGCGGAUCGGCGCUAACCCCAACGACCCCACGGCCAGCGACCACACGACCUUCAAGAACAUCCCCAUUGGGUUCUGGUGGGCAGUGGUCACCAUGACUACGCUGGGCUAUGGCGACAUGUACCCCCAGACCUGGUCGGGCAUGGUGGUCGGGGCCCUCUGUGCCCUGGCCGGGGUGCUGACGAUAGCUAUGCCCGUGCCUGUCAUUGUCAACAACUUUGGGAUGUACUACUCCCUGGCUAUGGCCAAACAGAAGCUCCCCAAGAAGAGGAAGAAGCACAUUCCCCAGGCACCGCAGGGGGGGUCGCCCACUUACUGCAAAACAGAGCUGAACAUGGCCUGCAACAGUACCCAGGGGGAUUCCUGCCACGGCCAUAGCCAGGGGAACAGGGUGUUAGAGCGCAACAGAUCCGUGCUGUCAGCUGACUGCAGCGGGGGCAGUGACCUCACCCUGUCCCCGGAGGAGCGGCUCCCCAUGCGGAGGUCCAGCACGCAGGACAAGAACCGGAGAAGCGGCGGGACCUGCUUCCUGCUGGCCGCCAGCGACUAUACCUGCUCCACGGACGGUGGCAUCCGGAAGCCAGGUGCAGAGAACUGCAAAGAGGUUGUCUUUACUGGUUGCACACAAGCAGAAAGCAGCGCUCUUUCUUAAUGGCUGGAAGGAAGGCUCCCUCGUGAUGUAAAGGUAACGUUGUUUCUCUGGCUUGCUCUUAACCACAUCCAAUUCCUUGUGAUGUGUUAAAAGUAAUUUUUUUUGUUUUUUUUGUUUUGUCUCACUAUGGAGGGGGUAAUUCAGCAACAUUUCAAUCAGACAAUCAGACAAGGCAAUACUAACCACACUGUGUCAUGAUUUUUUCUUUAGUUACACUUUACAACAAGUGUACCUGACAAAAAAAGCAAAACAAUUAAUGGGUUCUAAAACAGUAAGCAUUGUGAAACAAUGUGUACUUGCAGCUACUCAGUACAGUACAUAUAAAUGUAAUUGUUAUGAAUUCAGGUUAAAGGGAGAACCUUGCUUUAAAAUAAGAACAAACAAAAUAUAAAUGUUAAAUGAUAAUCAAACACACAGCACACAUGAAUGCAAACACAUAGGCACACAUUCACACACAGCUGAACUAUUCAUUUAAAUAAAAUUACUUUUGUGGACUACCUGCAUAUAGGGAUACAAAGGGAUAUACAUACACACACAACAGUUUCAGUGUCAUCAGGAAUGUCCUUGGUUGUGAGUUUUGUUAAGAAAUCUCAGCAUUGAUAAAAUGACUUAAUAAAAUCAAUAAUGAUUUAAUAAAUAGUCAAUAACGAUUUAAUAAAUAGCUAGUUACAGUAUGUUCUACUUUCUUCCACCAGAACUCUGUCCAUUACCUAUGGCAACUGUAGUAAGGUUGCUAAGCAACUGACAUGCAUUAAUGUUGUCAAUUUAUACUAGAGAUGUGUACAGUCCCUCUCUCUCUCUCUUUCUCGCAUAUACACAAUGUUGUUGAUCGGUCUGUGAGGGAAUACUGUAUAUACCAAUGCUAUUAUUUAAAAAACAGUAUUUUCUGUACUUUUAAUGAUUUGUUGAAUUACCCCCAGUGUAAUGUUAACAUGUGAAAGCUUACAUUUAUCACCAUGAAGCAAAUUAAACAACACCUGUAUAUAGAUUUAACCAAAUAGACUUGCAUGAAUCUACAUGUCAUUCCUUGUAAAACAUGAUGCACUGUUACAACAGAAACAUUUCUGAUAUUUAGAGAUGUGAACUGUACAUAUUAUGUUGACAUGCUGAUCAAUAUUUGUCUUGGAAAGAUAUAAUUAUUGAUGGAAUGAAUGGAAUCCUUGAUGGUGCUGUCACUGACCGCAGCACAGAGCAGCGUUAUUCAUGGAUUAAAAGCUCGAAGGAGAUCAGCGGGUGUGAGACUUUGGGCAUAACCAUGGCCGUUUGUUGGAGAACUCCAUUUGGGAGAGGCCUCUGGAUACUGGGAAGACUAGAAUCACAGAGCAGACGGAUGCGUGGGGCCCAGGCUUUGGAGAGACUACGGCUGAUAUAAUUUUGAAAUGAAACCUCGAUGCUCAUGACAGACGCACUUCAAAAAAAAAAAGAGAUGAAAUAUAUAUUUGUAUAUAUUCACACAAGACGCAUGGGAUAACAAACUCUUCUCAUGAUGUCUUCUGGAAGGAGAAUCUUCGUGGACAUUUACAUGUGAUGGCCCACAUAAACUUUUUCCAUCCAUGAAAUCCCUGCAAUAAAUGUAUUAAGAUGUAUAAAGCUGAGAUAGAUCUGGAAAUAUUCUUUAUCUAAAAACUAAAUAAAUAUAUAGACAGGAACAAGUGUGCUGAGAUUAAUAAAUGUGACGCAUAGUCAUCGAUAUUUUUAUUUCCUUUAGUAUCCUGGUGGAUUCAUUGCUUGGCUGGUUUCUUUUGUUUUACAUUUUAGCAUUGGAGCUUAAAAGGUGCAACAUGAGAGAUGCAAUAAAAACAAAGAAUUCGGCACUGGACACCACAAAACAGUUUACUGUUCUUUUAGAAAUACUGAAAGAACAGCAAGGGGAAGGUAACUGCACUUUAACGAGGGCUAUCCUUUUUGUCUUUUACCGUUGCAUAUCAAAUUUAUCAGAGUUGGUGACAAGGAUUAAUGAAAAAUAGGCAAGAUAGAAAAUGGAGCACUCCUGAUACUGGUUCCAUAAGAUUUGACCGCUUUAAAAUGCUUAAAUUUCCCCACUUUGAAGAGGGUAUUCCCUGCUUUGAAUUUUCCCUGACCUACAUACCCCACCCCAACAAAAAUAAACACCCUACAAACAUAUCAAGGUAGUCAUUUCAAUGUUAAUGUUACACCUUCGUCAACAAAACAGUAUUAUUUUUGGUGAUAAAAAUUUCAGCUGUAUAUCUUCUAAAUGACCAUUAUCUCUGUCUGCAGCAAGCAUAGAAUAAAAGACAACAUAGGAACUUAUUGGUAGCACAGCCCUACAACUUGGUUUCAAAACCAGCCUUGCCAGUCAACGAUGACUGGGAACCCACUACAGCAGAACAAAUUGGCUUCGUUCUGCUGGGGAUUGGGGUGGGUAAGUCAUCCAGGGCCCUCUCGCCACACUGCUCUCGGCACCCGUGUCAGUGGAGUAGUGCCUAUAUCCUCCAAUUAGCACCCAAUUCACUGUAGUGCACUAUGGGUUUGCAGUGUGAAGAACAGUUGCGCUAGCAUGCAUGUGUGUUUACCAGAGGAUUGAAUUGGCCUCGCCCUGCAGGUUGUUGCUGUGAGGCGAGCCUAAUGUAUUCAACUGCUUAAAAAUGGUUGAAAAAGGGGGAAAUU